AUUCAUGGUUUAUUCCAAAUGAGGAACACUUGUAUUUAGAGCAACACAAACACAAAUAAAAGAGCGUUGAGCUCUCGGCAACUUCUCAAUCUUCUCUUCAAAAUUAUGAUAAAAAUAAUUAUACUAAAAGAUCUGUUUCUUAGGGCUUAAUUCAUUCUCCACUAACCAAAAAUUAUAUAUAAAUAAAUUAUUAAGAACCCAAAUUCAUAAUAUAUAUAUUUUUUAUUAAAUUGUUUGUUUCUGUUUUUGAAAAUUUAAAAAUUGUAUCCAAUUGGAUACACAAUGGUUUCAGUAUUUGAACCCUAAACAGAAGACAGAGUAUUGAAUUUAGAUACAGAUUUAAUUGGAAUGGCAGCAGCAAGGAAUUUGACAGGAGAAAUGGGAAACAACAGAUCAACAAUGAAAGAUGAAGAGAAAGCUAAAGAGGAUGACUCCCCCUCUGCUAAAAGACUUAAAUUUGAGAGGUUUCCAUUUACAAGAUGGGAAUUCGCUGCCGCAAUUGGCGUAUUCUUUGUAUUCUCAACUGGUUUAUUUUGUAUCUAUAUUACAAUGCCCAUUUCUGUCUAUGAUAAUCUUAAGCUUCCUCGCACCGUUUCAGAUCUUCGCUUGCUCAAAGACCAUCUUGCGACGUAUGCAAAAGAUUACCCUGCACAAUUCAUUUUGGGUUAUUGCUCUACUUACAUCUUCAUGCAAACCUUUAUGAUUCCUGGAACAAUUUUCAUGUCAUUGCUAGCUGGAGCUCUUUUUGGUGUUGUUCGAGGGCUUUUCUUAGUUGUCUUCAAUGCUACUGCUGGAGCCUCUUCUUGCUUUUUCUUGUCCAAGUUGAUUGGCAGGCCUAUAGUUAAUUGGUUGUGGCCUGACAAGUUGAGAGUUUUUCAGGCUGAGAUAGCUAAGCGUAGAGAAAAGUUGCUGAAUUACAUGCUCUUUCUGAGGAUAACUCCAACAUUACCAAACCUUUUCAUUAAUUUGGCAUCUCCAAUAGUAGACAUACCAUUUCAUGUCUUCUUUUUGGCUACUUUGCUUGGACUUAUCCCAGCCUCCUAUAUCACUGUCAGGGCUGGUCUUGCUCUAGGAGAACUCAAGUCAGUCAAGGAUCUUUAUGAUUUUAAAACUUUGUCCAUCCUCUUCCUUAUUGGUUCUAUCAUCAUAUUUCCUACUCUACUAAAAAGAAAGCGAAUAUAUGAAUAAAGGUUCUGUUAGUGAUGUGGCAGCUUGAGAAAGAUACAUUUGCUGCAAGCUAAUUUCAGGAUCUGAGAAAUAUUAGAGCUAAAUUCGGCUACAAAGUACUGGAGGCUGAUCACCACCUUCCCCGGCUAUAUAUCCAAGGGUUGAUUUUGUGAUGGUACAAAUGAAACAACAAAAAGUUAUUUACAUUUCUUUUAUAUAUAUAAAUACAUAACUACUGGUAUAGUGGUAACUUAAUGAUCUCCCAAUAUGGAUUAUUUAGAUGGGAGCCAGAAAUCCUCUAGGAAGAUGUGUUAAUACUUCCUGGCAGAAUCUCCAUGUCAGCAUUGCUAGAUUGUUUUGCUGUCGUUCAUGUAACAACUAUAGUGUCGUAGUACUCCAGUAUUCAACAGCAUACGUAUACUUGGUUUUCUUUGGGAUUCAGGGAGAUUGAGUAAACUAUUGCUGUUAAUUUCAUGGAAUCAAUGUUGAAGGCUGAUGUAAUGGAUUGGAAAAAUUCAUUCAAAAACUGUUACUUUAACUAAUUCAAGUUGUUGCCAAGCUUAUGACAUGUGCUUGUAAUGGACAGAUCUUCCUGCCCCACUACUUAUUUUCCUCUUA